GGCUGGCGUGGUGGAGGGCGAGGAGGGAAGCCGCCGCGACCAUGAGCGUCCCGGCUUUCAUCGAUAUCACUGAGGAAGAUCAGGCUGCGGAACUUAGGGCUUACCUAAAAUCUAAGGGAGCUGAGAUCUCUGAAGAGAAUUCUGAAGGAGGACUUCACAUUGACUUGGCUCAGAUCAUUGAAGCCUGUGAUGUGUGCCUAAAGGACGAUGAUAAAGAUGUUGAAAGUGUGAUGAACAGUGUAGUGUCUCUGCUGCUUAUUCUGGAACCUGACAAGCAAGAGGCUUUGAUUGAAAGCCUAUGUGAGAAACUGGUCAAAUUUCGGGAAGGUGAACGACCAUCUCUUAGACUGCAGCUGCUGAGUAAUCUCUUCCAUGGCAUGGAUAAGAAUACCCCUGCCAGGUAUACAGUCUACUGCAGCCUUGUUAAAGUAGCGUCCACCUGCGGUGCUAUACAGUACAUUCCAACUGAAUUGGAGCAGGUUCGAAAAUGGAUUUCAGAUUGGAACCUCAACACAGAAAAAAAACAUACUCUUCUUCGCUUGUUAUAUGAUGCGCUAGUGGACUACAAAAAGAGUGACAAUGCAGCAAAAGUAAUGGUAGAGUUGCUGGGAAGUUACACAGAGGACAAUGCUUCUCAGGCUAGAGUUGAUGCUCACAGGUGCAUUGUCCGUGCAUUGAAGGAUCCAACUACCUUUCUUUUUGAUCAUCUUCUUACCUUAAAACCAGUCAAGUUUUUGGAAGGAGAACUUAUUCAUGAUCUUUUGACUAUUUUUGUCAGUGCCAAGUUAUCAUCCUAUGUCCGGUUUUAUCAAAACAACAAGGACUUCAUUGAUUCUCUUGGCUUAUUACAUGAACAUAAUAUGGCAAAAAUGAGACUGCUCACCUUUAUGGGAAUGGCGGUAGAAAACAAGGAAAUCUCAUUUGACACCAUGCAGCAAGAACUUCAGAUUGGAGCUGAUGAUGUAGAAGCAUUUGUCAUAGACGCUGUAAAGACAAAAAUGGUGAAUUGCAAAAUUGAUCAAACACAGAGAAAAGUUGUAGUCAGUAACAGCACAUACAGGACCUUUGGAAAGCAACAAUGGCAACAGCUGUAUGACACACUAAACACCUGGAAACAGAAUUUGAAUCAAGUGAAAAACAGUCUUCUCAGUUUGUCUGAUACUUGAGUCUUUCACCUACGAUUUGAUUUCUCAGAUGGAAGCUUAGCUACAGUAAACCAAUUCAAUUUGUAAAGUUUUUAUUUGUUUUCAAAAUAUACGAUUGGCAUUCAAUAAUUUGAACUCCAGUAUGCAAAAACAAUAAAUUUAAACUAAAACAAA